UGACGGUGAAUGUGAACCUGGUGAGAGAGGGUCGGAGAGCGGGAGAGGACGGGGUUUAAAAAUGGCGACGAAUGUAUUGAGAACGGUAUGGAAAAAAUCCGGAUUAUUUGUCAAUGAUGGAAAGAUAUUAUUACAAAAUGUCAGUCCUCUGAUUGCUGUCAACCAGAAGAGAAAUGCUGGUGCUUGGUAUCCGGAUGCAGAAUGGCUGCGGCAGUUUAGCGGGCCGGUUCUUUAUCCAGCCGAUGGUGUUAAAUGGGAUUACCAACCUCCGCUAGAUCUUCCAGUUGUACUUGAGAAAAAUGUUAGAAAUACUCGAAUUAAUUUCGGUCCACAACAUCCAGCAGCUCACGGUGUAUUGCGUUUGGUUCUGGAGUUGGAGGGAGAGUAUGUAAAAGCUGCUGAUCCUCAUAUUGGAUUACUUCAUCGUGGAACUGAAAAACUCAUCGAGUAUAAAACAUACAUGCAGGCGUUGCCAUACUUUGAUCGAUUGGAUUACGUAUCUAUGAUGUGCAAUGAGCAAUGUUUUUCACUCGCUAUUGAAAAAUUGCUAAACAUCGAAAUUCCAUUGAGAGCUAAGUACAUAAGAACGCUCUUUGCUGAAAUUACACGUAUUCUCAAUCACAUCAUGGGAAUCGGAACUCAUGCAUUGGAUAUUGGAGCCUUGACACCAUUUUUCUGGCUAUUUGAGGAACGUGAAAAGCUUAUGGAGUUUUAUGAACGUGUGAGUGGUGCUCGUAUGCAUGCUGCGUACGUUCGUCCUGGCGGUGUGUCACAGGAUUUACCACUGGGUAUUAUGGAUGAUAUUUAUCAAUGGGCAUCUCAGUACGGUGCUCAAAUAGAUCAAGUUGAUGAUUUGUUGACGAGAAAUGCCAUUUGGAAAGAUCGAACAAUGGGCAUUGGAGUUGUCACCGCUCAGCAGGCAUUAGAUUGGGGAUUCAGUGGUGUAAUGUUGCGUGGAUCUGGAUACAAAUGGGAUAUUCGCAAGUCAGAGCCUUAUGAUGCCUAUAGUCUUGUUGAUUUUGAUGUACCGAUUGGUAUUUCUGGAGAUUGUUACGACAGAUACUUGUGUCGUAUCGAAGAAAUGCGUCAGUCAUUGCGUAUUAUCGAACAAUGCUUAAAUCAAAUGCCUGCUGGAGAAAUAAAAGUUGAUGAUAAUAAAAUAGUACCGCCAAGUCGUAGUGAAAUGAAAACAAGUAUGGAAUCACUGAUUCAUCACUUUAAAUUAUUCAGUCAGGGCUUCCAAGUACCACCGGGCGCAACCUACACGGCUAUUGAAGCACCUAAAGGUGAAUUUGGAGUUUACUUGGUAAGUGACGGCAGUAGUAAACCGUAUCGGUGUAAAAUAAAGGCGCCUGGUUUUGCUCAUUUGGCUGCAUUGCAAGAAAUGGGACCGAAACAUUUCCUUGCUGAUAUCGUCGCUAUUAUUGGUACUAUGGAUGUUGUAUUCGGUGAAAUUGAUCGAUAAUAGCUCUCUUUUAAUAUUUAUAUUCUAUUAGGGUCAUUAUUAGUGAUCAAUUUACGUGUAAAUUAUUAUUACUAUCGUCAUAAAACAUUAUAGGUGUAAAUUAAAUAAAACUUAUUAAUUAUAAAUAUAA